AUGGCUCCUCUGACUCCUGAGGACUGCUGCAGGGGCCCUGCCUGCCUAGAGCACACUGACUACACUAAUGAGAACCGCUGGUCUCCCCAGCCCCCUCCCCAGCCAUACUACCCUGGCACUAAUCCAUCAGAGGGGCAGUCAGGCUGCACGCCACCACCCCCGCCGCCACCCAUCCCCGCUACCCACCAGUGCCCAGUGCCGCAGCAGAGGCCCCAGCUGGGGGACCGCCAAAGCUCGGUUUCCUCAACGCCUAUCCUUGUGCCUCCGGCCGUCAAGAUGUUUCGCUGUGAUUGUCAUGAAAGAACCAGUUCUCCGGGAACAAAACCAGAGGACGCAAAUAGGCGAGGAGUGACGGCAUCCACACGGGCCCUGCUGGUUUCUCUGACCGUCUGCUUCAGUCCCGCCCACCGCCACCUGGCUCUGCUGCGCACCGCCGACUGGAGGCAGAGCGCCGCUACUCCUCUUCCCCACACCAGCGGAGAAGCAGAAACCUGGGAGCCCCUGAACACCGCGGCCCCUGCGCUUUUUGACGAGACUCCGGGCUUCUCCCCUCUUCACACUCACCACGAGCCUCGUCGUGAGCUGCCCUUCUUCUUUUGUCGGAGUUUGAAACCACCUUUUCUCGAGCCGCUGGAAGUACGCCGCCUCAGCCCCGGGACUCCGCAGCUUUCGGCCACACGACACCGGCGGAUCAUCGCGGGCACCGUGCGCAAUUCCACGCUAACCAUCGAAGAAUUUCACUCCAAGCUCCAAGAAGCCACCAACUUCCCGCUGCGACCCUUUGUCAUCCCCUUUCUGAAGGCCAACCUGCCGCUUCUCCAGAGGGAGCUGCUGCACUGUGCCCGGCUGGCCAAGCAGAACCCGGCCCAGUACCUGGCCCAGCACGAGCAGCUGCUGCUGGACACCAGCACCACCUCCCCUGUGGACUCCUCCGAACUCCUAAUGGACGUCAACGAGAACGGCAAGAGGAGGACGCCAGACAGAACCAAAGAAAAUGGCUUCGAGCGAGAUGGCGCCCUGCACCCGGACGUUCACCCCAACAAACGGCCCUGCACCAUCAGCCCCGCCCAGCGCUUCAGCCCAUCCAACGGGCUCUCCUACCAGCCCAACGGCCUGCCCCACCCAGGCCCAGUCCCCCCGCAGCACUACAGGCUGGACGACAUGGCCAUCGCCCAUCACUACCGAGACAACUACAGACACUCGGCCUCCAACCACCGGGAGGUCCGGGAGAGAGCCAGGUCCAUCGUACAUGCAGGGACCAGGCAGGAGGAAGUGAUUGACCACAGGCUGACGGACAGAGAGUGGGCCGAGGAGUGGAAGCACCUUGACCAUCUGCUGAACUGUAUCAUGGACAUGGUGGAGAAAACACGGCGCUCGCUCACGGUACUGCGGCGAUGCCAGGAGGCCGACCGAGAGGAGCUCAACUACUGGAUCCGAAGAUACAGCGACGCUGAAGAGCUGAAGAAGGGCGCCACUAGUGGGCAGCCAAGGCAGCAGAGCCCCGCAGCACAGGAAAAUGCAACACCAGAAAUCCACAGGGAGCUGCUGCACCGGCCUGUGUCUGGCUACGUCCCGGAAGAGAUUUGGAAGAAAGCUGAGGAGGCAGUGAAUGAGGUCAAGCGUCAAGCCAUGUCAGAGCUGCAGAAGGCCGUGACGGAGGCUGAGCGCAAGGCUCACGAGAUGAUCAGCAGCGAGCGGGCCAAGAUGGAGCGCACGGUGGCCGAGGCCAAGCGGCAGGCGGCCGACGACGCCAUCUCCGUAAUCAACCAGCAGGAGGACUCCAGCGAGAGCUGCUGGAACUGUGGCCGCAAAGCCAGUGAGACUUGCAGUGGGUGCAACACAGCACGCUACUGCGGCUCCUUCUGCCAGCACAAGGACUGGGAGAAGCACCACCACGUCUGCGGCCAGACCCUCCAGGCCCAGCAGCAGCAGCAGGCUAACCAGCAGCAGGGAGGCGUUCCCGGGUCAGAGACCCCCGCUCCCAUUAGCUCAUCCGCCUGCACCCCGAGCAGUGGGACCGGGAGUCCGGCUGCUACCCCGCCUGCUGCUACACCUCGCUCAUCCACCCCCAGCACCCCAUCCUCCACCGCCCUGGAUGGCACACCCCGCUAAGAGACUCUCACAGAGGACGGAGGCGUGAAGGCCUGGAGGGGCUCAGAGCCCUCAACCCCACACACAGCAUGACUGUCUACAUUGCCUUGCAAAGAUGCUAAGCUAACAUGACUAACAGAGAGAGAUGGCAAUGCUUCUGUCCUAUCCUGCAGCGUAGUCAUAGAAGGAGGAGGAGGAGGUCCAUAAUCAGGUCAUAUUGACUUGCCAUGACUUUAAGGAAACUCAAAGAUAUUCUUUGUUUUGAAUGAAUGAAUUUAAAUAUUGACAUCCUUUUGUCGUUACACUUGCUCUUCUUGUUGUCUGUUUGUCGUUGUGCCUGUUGUUGUUAAUGUUGCUGUCAUUGUAGCUUAUCUUAUUUUCUCCUGUAAAUAUGAGACUGACCAGAGAUAGCCGUGAACCCAAGAACAGUAUAUAUCUGACCUCCCUGUUUUUUAUGUUUUUAUUUUCCAUCCUGGAAUUAACACUUAAUUACUUCCUGUACCUGGGACAUGAGACUAGUCAACCUCAAGACGACGAUUUACCAAACGACAUACCAAGGGAAUAUAACUAGCUAGCGGAAGAUGGCAUCAGCAUUCUUCGAAAAGGAAAGAAAUUCGAUUUAGAAAACUCUGAAAGACGCUGACGGAUGGAGACAUAAAUACAUUUGCUGCCUGGAGAGGGGAGAGGGAUGGACUGGAUCUCUGGUCCACAGACUGCCAUGAAACGGGCAGAUGUGCGGCAGAUUGCGAGCAGAGCCAGCUGUUCAACCAAUGUUAUUUCCCUCUCACUUGUAAUAAUAUCCAGGUCAGUGGGCUGGGAAAUACAAAUCCGUCUCCCUGAAGCAUGUAAAAGGAUACAAAAAACUUUGCCCACUGCACAUGUGGAGGAUGUACUGACUCCAAUUCACACGUGCAUGCUCGGUGGGUCGGCGAAGCUCCUCCAGCAGCAAGCGAAGGCAUCAACCCGCCGGUGAGACUGUCAAAUCACCUGGACAGCAGCACACCGGGACACACGGAUCCGAAAGUCCACAGUGUGACCACUCACCCCACACUCUCCCCUUCACCUCUGAAAAAAAAACAUUCUCUCAUCUUUCUUCAUGUUCUUUUUCUAUAGAUGUCAUGGUGUUUAAGACUUCUGUCCAGUGGUGUCAUCAAUGGUUAUUUAUUGUAUAUGUGUUGGACAAUUGUGACACUGCAUAGUACUUCAACCAGUCACAACUCAAAUACCUUCAUAACUCUCUCUCUCUCUCUCUCUCUCUCUCUCUCUCUCUCUCUCUCUCUCUCUCUCUCUCUCUCUCUCUCUCUGUCUCUCUCGCUCUCCCUCUCUCUAGCUGGUGCAAAAAGAGACAAAAAAAAAGAAGUGUUAUCUUUUUUCCAAGCUGCUUUUGUGUUCUGUGUGUAGGUGGUAGAUCCCUCGUAGUUACUAUAAGUUUAACUUCCCUUUGUCCUCAAGAAAAGACAGAAGCUAUAUCUCAGAGCUGCUACUUGAGUCCGACCCAGAUCUUUUCUGAGAACUAGCAUGUUGCGCGGAAUGCUACCCUAAAUGUUUUGUACAAGGGACAUACAUAAAUGUAUUGCACUGUCACGGAGGUUAUUUUGGCAUGCUUCUUUUCAGCAUACUUGUGUUGUUGGUAUAGAGCCAUAACUCUUCAGCCAUUUUGUACGUAGUGAUAGCAUAAUCCAUUUUUGG